UGGAACAACAAUCAGAAUAUUUCUACAACAGUACUUCAUGUAUCUGCAAGAAGACACGUCUUUGUCAUUUUCGCCAGAUAGGCAUGAACACUCUGUUGUUCAUCACCGACAGAAUCAGCAAUGAGAACCCUGCAUCUGAGUCGGAAUACAGCUCCUUCAAGUCAGAAUUGAUCCGCUCCUGGAAACACAACCUCACCCUGUGUAAAAACGCAGUCUACAUUCUCAUCACUCUAGAGCAGAGCUACCUGGACUGCGACUACUUUUGCGAGGAGGACGAUUUCAUUAGUGUUUAUAUUUUCACACAGCAGAAACCUACAAGAUACCUCAGUUCAUACGAAAAACGACUGAUGUCUCGCAACUUCAACUUUAACUUGGACUUGUUCGACCCCUUGACAGCCAUACAAAACUUACUCGAGGACCUGGCUCUUUAUAUGGACAGAUCGGCCCAUGAAGAGGCCAUAGGGCACUCAAGACCAGUGUCCAUGCUAAUGUUGCUGUCAUUUGUCAUUUCAAGUUCCAUUCUGGCUGCUAUGGCGACCAUUAUGAAAAAUACGCUGGAAAAUAAAAAACUAAACUCAGAUGGUGAUAAAAGAGCCCUCAAAAUGUGAAGCGUUCGAUCAGCGUCUUGA